GGGAAGAAACGGUAUGCAAUAAGAGCUUGAGUUAGGGAAGGAACAGUAAUGCAAUAAGCUUUUUUUUUUUUUUUUUUUGAUGAAAGUUGAAGACAAUUCGUGUUUGUGGCCCUCGGUACUGGUCUCAAGUGAUAGAGCUCAUCCCUGAAGAUAAGCCUUGGUGGAGUUUUGGUGAUCGGAAUGACCCAUUUAAUUCUGGUGUUAUCUACAUCAAGCGGAAGGUUGGAGCUUGCUCGUAUGUAGAUGAUCCUGUGGGGAGCCAAUCACUACUUUCACGAGCUAUGCACAAGGUAUUUGGUUUGACAAGUCUCAAAGCAUGUGAUUCAGAUGGUAAUGGCAACAAUGGACCUGGUUCUGUUACUGUUGACCAGUUGGUCGGUACCUUUUCAUCUGAUCCUAGCUUGAUUGCCUUUGCCCAACUUUGCUGUGAUCCUUCCUGGAAUAGCAGAUCUGAUGUGGACUUCCAUGAGUUCUGUUUGCAAGUAUUAUUUGAGUGCAUAAGCAAGGACAGACCUGCUCUUCUACAGGUUUAUCUGUCCUUGUACACAACAAUUGGUUCAAUGGCUGAGCAGGUUUCCAAUGGUACUACCAUUGUCCACGACUCACUCUCUGUCUCUAGUUUAAAGAUUGCACUAACAUACAAUGAAGCUCUGUUGAGUGGAAGACUAGCCAAUUCUAAAGGUGGCAUUGUUCAAUCUAUCUUCUUAGGGUCUCUAAGGAAGCGAAUGGAAGAGAUCCUAAAGGGUUUGGACGGAUUGAAAGAUUAUUUUCAUAAUUAUUUAGAGUUGGGGAGGUGGCCUCAUAAUGGAUCUCUUGGAGAGAGAAGUUCAAUACUUUUUUCUUGGUAUCUUCAGUGGUUUGGUGUGCCAGCUCCUUCUGUAAUCAAGGCUGCAGUAUCCAGAAUAAAACCCAAGAUCAGUUCAUCAUGCUCAGUUCCUUUACUGUGUUUGUUGCUGCCAGGCGCACAUGUCAGUGCAAUUGAUGAGAUAGAUAAAUGUUUGGUUUCUUCUGACAUUGGCUGAUGAGGACAGUUGGCUUCAGCUGUGUAUAUGUUUGGCUUCCAAUCUGCAGUGCUUUCAAAAUUGCUCUUGUCUAAUCUCCCUGAAGGGAAGAAGAAUGUACAAUCUUCUCCAAUAUUUUGGUUAAGUUAUGCUCUGCUCCCUGUACAUUUUUGUAACUUGAAAACUAUGAAGCCCAGAGCUAGGUUUGUUAAAGAGCAGAAAAGGAAAAUUUAGAGGUUGUCAUUGAGACUUUCCUUUAGCUACACAGUACACACCAAUCUAAUCAAACAAAGAAAAGAAA